GACCCUCCCGUUGCUAUGGCGACCUGGGGACUCCCUCCCUGCGGCCAACUACCCAGCGUGGGCCCAGUAAUGGCGCCUCCUCCUCUUCCUCCUCCUCCGCCUGCGCGGGUGUUUGCGGAGUUGCUGCCUCCUCCUGCUCCUCCUGCUGCGGCCGCGGCGGGGGAGAGCGAGGCUCCGCGGGGACCCGGGGCUCCUCCGGGGUGGAGGGAGGUCCGCGUGAGCGGCAGCGCGGAGCUGAGCGCCGCCCCGGACAGGGCCACAGUGACGAUGCGCCUGAGCAGCCGCAAAGGGGAGGCCGGCGCGGCACGGAGCAGCGUCGCCCGCAGGCUGGACUACGUCGCCCAGGCGGCCCGGCAGCGCGGAGGGGUCCCGGAGAACAAUGUGACUGUGACAAAAAACUUCAGUAGAAUUGACAAGGCUUAUAAGAUGGAAGCAGAGGUGUGCAUUACAUUUAGUGAUUUUGGGAAAAUGCAAGACGUUUGUAACCUCCUGGUUGAAAAGCUAGAUAGUUCUGUCAUCAUCAGCCCACCUCAUUUUUAUCAUACACUAGAGACUGUAGAUGCUCUUCGCCGUCAGGUAUGUCUUGCUGCUGUGGGAAGUGCUCAACAAAAAGCACAAGAAGUUUGCCAGUUGUUUGGCCAAUCAUUGGGGAAGCCUUUGUUAAUAAGAGAAGAGGAAGUGAAGGAAUGGGAAGGCCAUCCAGAAAGUCAUAUGGCCAGUUUCUCAGACUCACCCAGUUUGCAACAAAGACUCCAAAGUGCUACCAUCUAUGCCUCUUCAAGGGUAUUUGCUGUUUUUGAAAUAAAGGGCGACAGGAAGAGAAAAAGAGCAGCUCUUCUAAAUUUGAGCUAAUUUAUUACUGCCCUUCUGAAUUUGUAUUCCUUUUCUUUGAAAAUAAAAUGUUCCCAAGAAGAUCAGCUUCUUUAUCCAUAAUCAAAAAUUGAAGUGAAAAUAUUUCUUACUUUCUUGGUGACUAAAUAAAACUGUAACCAACUCA